CGGCGUCGAAGUUCCCAGGGUAAGUGAAGGCAACAUGACAGGGAGGCUCUCGCACAGACAAACAUACAGCGGUAGAAUCAGAUUCAGGAUGGCAGAGACUCCGAAAACACGGAGACACAGCAGCCUUGUAAAUAAAACAACUCUGUGUCCCCGUAACCACCAACUAUGGGAAGGUUAACACUUUGCUUUGAUAGACAAACUCUAGCCACUGGAAAAAACUAAACACAUCUGGAUGUGUUGAAUUUCCAUCAUGGGAAUACAAAUGUCUCGAAGCAGCAGCCGCCUGUCUCUCCUGUCGGAAAGACAGCAGCAGUUUGAGCAGCAGCAGCACGGAUUAGGAGACGAGGACAUCGAUGACGACUCCCUGGAUGGACAUGUUAGACGAGAGGACAUGGCCAGGUUUCCAUACGUGGAGUUCACUGGGAGAGACAGCAUAACGUGUCCAACAUGCCAGGGAACAGGACGAAUACCCUCAGAUCGAGUGAAUGAACUGGUCGCAUUGAUUCCCUACAGUGACCAAAGGCUGCAGCCGCAGAGAACGAAACUCUACGUGGCACUGUCAGUGGUACUGUGCCUGCUUGCCUCGUCAUUGGUCGCCUUCUUCCUUUUCCCUCGCGUUGUGGUCGUGGUGGAUGAUGGGAUAAAAUCCGUGACCGUUCACUUUGAUAACAGCAGCAUGAAGGUCCUAAUGAACAUGACGACCACGCUCAACUUCAGCAACCCAAACUUCUUCUCAGUGCUGGUGCAGAGCAUCAGCUGCCAGGUCCUGUACAUGAAGACGGUGAUUGGAACGCUGCAGCUGGAUAACUCCACAACUCUCCUGCCACUCAGCUCACGACAGGUGAACUACACCGUCAGCGUGGAGAUCGGUUCCAGUGCACCUUACGUUUAUGCCUUCUGCACCAUGUCCAGCCUAAAGGUCCACAACAUCGUCAUCAUUGUGCAGACGUCGGUGAAAACCUCCUACAUGGUGAGAACGUCUCAGAACAGCCUGGAGGCCUACCGUUACAUAGACUGCGGUUCCAACACCACGUACCACCACGCGGCGGAGCAGCUCGGUGGCCUGUCCGCAGGCUGGUCGCCCCACCAGCCCCUGCUCUGACAGGAACAGUCCGGGCUAUUCAGCUGGGUCUGAUGAACAGUUCCGUUGAGGUCCGUUGUUAGCGAUGGACUUGGACCUGGAGGCUCUGGUGUCUUGGAGUUGAAUUAUCCUGCUGCAGCUGCUUGUGGUGCUUUUUACUGGUUUAAGUGAAGACUAUGGACAUCAUGUGAAGGGAACUCAUUCAAAAGGGCUUAUUUAUUACUGCUAACCAG